CAAAGGCACGGGGGCGUUUUCGUGCGGGUUUGCGGACUGGGCCGUUGCGGUGAAUGCGUGAUUGAGGUCCCGCAGCUGAUAAUCGUUCCCCCUUUUCGGGGCCGGAGUGCACGGCGGCGCCGGAGGAGCAGCCGGAGCAGGGUGAUGUGCCAUCAGCCACUGGGGGGCAUCUGUCCUCUCUGCAACUUGUUCAUCUUCUGAAGCUUAUGGGAUAGGAGUUUGUGCCCCUUCCCAACACUGCUGCCCCACUGGAGUCAUUUGUGCCAAAGCUGAGCUGUGAGGAAGGAGCAGAGAUGGGUAGCCCAGGCUGCGAGGUGGCUCUAUCCGGGUCGGUAGAGCCAGCACUGGAGGCUCUGUGUCCCGAGUGUGGCCAGAUCCACCGCAGCUGGGAGAACCACCUCUACAACUACCGCCUGGAGGUGGACGACGACCUGGUGUGCCACAUCUGCCUGCAGCCGUUGGUGCAGCCGCUCGACACGCCAUGCGGACACACCUUCUGCGCUCGCUGCCUGCGUAGCUUCCUCCAGGAGAGGGACUUCUGCCCGCUGGACAGGACGCGGCUACAGCUCCAGGCGUGUCGCAGGUCCAGCAUCCUGGUUCACAAGCUCCUGGACAAGCUGUCUGUAUCAUGCCCUUUGACCCCGAUCUGCACCCUCAGCAUGCAGCGCUGUGACCUGGAGGCUCACCUCAAACACAGGUGUCCUGGGACGCGAUGUCAGCAGACCAGUGUUGAUGGCCCGCGAUGUGAGAGUGGUGACGAGCGAGCGACGGGGACCAGCCCUCCCAGGUCACCCCGCUCUCCACAGACAGACCUAAGGGACCGCACACCCUCCCCGCCCUCCGGACCUAACACCACCAAUGGCAAUGGGCCCAUGUGGACAGAAGCUGGUCUCGAUAACCCCGCCUUUGAGGAGAGCACAGAGGAAGACAGUGUGGUAGGGUUGGAGUGCGUGGUCCCCAGGGUGAAGCGGCCCCUCAGUAAUCCCUGCAUCCACCUCCUCCGCUCUGUAAGCUCCACCUCCUCAGGAUGGGACUGCCCUGAGUCUCCUCCUCUCUCUGCUGAAGAGGGCUGUGUGAAGCUGCCCUCGCUUCCUGAAGGAGAGAUAACUGCCAUAGAGGUCCACCGGGCGAAUCCGUAUGUCGAGCUAGGCAUCAGCGUGGUUGGGGGAAACGAGACGCCUCUCAUCAACAUCGUGAUUCAGGAAGUGUACAGAGACGGCGUCAUUGCACGAGACGGGAGGCUGCUGGCCGGAGACCAGAUUCUACAGGUGAACAAUGUGGACAUCAGUAACGUCCCCCACAGUUUUGCUCGCUCCACACUCGCACGCCCCUGCACCACUUUACAGCUGACUGUGCUUCGAGAGCGUCGCUGUGCAUCUCGAGCACCCCCCUCUUCCUCCUCUUCUUCCUCCACCCCAGCAGUGCCCCAUGCCCCUUGCUCCACCCCAGAAGGUACCCCAUCCAGCCCAGCCACACUGAGAAUCACCCUGCACAAGCGGGACUCCACAGAGCAGCUCGGCAUCAAGCUGGUGCGCCGAACAGACGAGUCGGGAGUGUUCGUGUUGGAUCUGUUGGAGGGCGGCCUGGCAGCGAAGGACGGAAGACUGCGGAGCAAUGACCGAGUUUUGGCGGUCAAUGAGCAGGACUUACGCCACGGCACCCCUGAGCAGGCUGCACAGAUCAUACAGGCCAGCGGGGAGCGAGUCCACCUGCUGAUUGGCCGACCCAGCAAACCGACACCUCCUCCACCGCCAAAAUCAAGCUCCACCAGAGACCUUUACUGCCUUGAUCACUUCCUGCCUAAUCACAGCUCCACCCCGAGUCCUGUGCCCAUACACCUCUCCCGGACCAGCACCCACAGAGACCUUUCCCAGUGUGUGACCUGUAAGGAGAAACACAUCACUGUGAAGAAGGAGCCGCAUGAGUCUCUGGGUAUGACUGUGGCAGGAGGGCGGGGCAGCAAGAGCGGGGAGCUGCCAAUCUUUGUGACCAGUGUCCAACCACACGGCUGCUUGUCCAGAGACGGACGAAUCAAACGAGGUGACGUCCUGCUGAGCAUCAAUGGGCAGGACCUGACCUACCUGAGCCACAGUGAGGCUGUGGGAACCCUGAAGGCCAGUGCUGCCUCGCCCUCGGUCCAGCUGCGUGUGUUGGAGGUCAGCAUGGUUGAGGAGCACGACCACGAUGAGCUGCUGCCUCACACUCACGACAGUGACUUUGAUGCUAACUGGUCCCCAUCAUGGGUCAUGUGGCUGGGCUUACCCAGCUACUUGCACAGUAGUCAUGAGAUUGUUCUGCGUAGGAGCCACCCGGGCAGCUGGGGCUUCAGCAUCGUCGGGGGAUACGAGGAGAGCCACGGCAACCAGGCGUUCUUCAUCAAGACCAUCGUCCUCGGCACGCCUGCGUACUACGACGGCCGCCUCAAAUGUGGUGAUAUGAUUGUGGCAGUAAAUGGCCUGUCAACUGCCGGAAUGAGCCACUCGGCACUGGUCCCUAUGCUGAAGGAGCAGCGCAGCCGGGUGGCGCUUACUGUGGUCUCCUGGCCAGGCAGCCUGGUAUAACUGGGCCAGAGCCUAACCACACCCAGUCCACACAGAAUGUUCUAUAUUGGGAAUGACCUUGGCCAAAGUGGACUUGUACACUCCACUGUACAUCGCUCCAUACCGGGCUUAAUCUAGGACCAAAAGCAUCCAGAACUGUAGUAGACCCAGCAGGACCGAGCCUGUCCUGACCGGGUGGGACCUGAUCCAGAUCGUGCCACGUCACUCGACAGACUGCACUCACACUCACUGCUGAGUUCAUAUGGUCAUGUUGUCUUCACUCCAGCAGGGACGAAUGGUACUGCAACUGUUAACAGGCUGUGAUCUGUGCUGUAAUCACCUCACCAGGCAGUUCUAGACUCCAGGGCUGUAUUCAGGUGGAUGCAUCGUUGCAGGUAGACGUCAAGUUAAGAAUAAAAUAGUAGCCUGUGAUCCUUUGUCAUCUAGGAUAAUGAUAUGUAAUCACUCAAAUCAAGAUUUCUGCAACACCAGCGCUGUAUCCAGUUGAAUGAGCCUCAGGCCUUAUUAGAAAACCUGCCGCACCCUGGGGGCUCACCCGCUCUUAGGCCUCAUCACCAUGAAAACCAGCUGUCCUAUCAGCUGGAGUUUUAUACAUGUGUGUGAAUGUGUGUUCUGUUUGUUUAAUAAACAUUUCCUUCAAAGGA